GGGGCAGGGGAGGGGGUAGAAAGGUGCCAGGCUACAGUAUAAAAGGAGACCUCACAAGCACAUCACUAGGUUAUUCUGGAGGCAACCAUGAAGGGCCCCAAGGCGGUGAUUCUGUGUAGCCUUCUCGCGACGGUUGUGGCUGGCAAAUAUGGAGGCGGUGUUAAAGGCCGCGGUAGCUACGGAGGCGGUUUGGGAGGCGGCGUCGGAGGCGGCGUCGGAAGCGGCGUAGGAGGCGGCGUAGGAGGCGGUUUGGGAGGCGGCGUAGGAGGCGGUUUGGGAGGCGGCGUAGGAGGAGGUUUAGGAGGCGGCGGAAGAGGCGUAGGAGGCGGUUUGGGAGGCGGCGUCGGAGGUGGCGUCCACGGAGGCGGUUUGGGAGGCGGCGUCGGCGGCGUCGGAGGCGGAUUAGGAGGUUUAGGAGGCGGCGUCCACGGAGGCGGUUUGGGAGGCGGCGUCGGCGGCGUCGGAGGCGGAUUAGGAGGAGGUUUAGGAGGCGGCGUCCACGGAGGCGGUUUGGGAGGCGGUUUAGGAGGUGGCGUCCAAGGAAGCGGUUUGGGAGGCGGAGUCCACGGAGGCGGCUUAGGAGGCGGCGUCGGCGGCGUCGGAGGCGGUUUAGGAGGCGGCGUCGGCGGCGGUUUAGGAGUCGGCGUCGGAGGCGGAUUAGGAGGCGGUUUAGGAGGUGUUGGUCUCCGUCCUCAGGCCAGGCCAAGCACUUGCAGGUACUGGUGCAGCACUCCGGCGGGUAAAAAGUACUGCUGCGAGACAAAGGAUGAACUUGAGACACCUGUUGGCACCAAGCCACUCAAUUGCCCGAAAGUCCGUCCCACAUGCCCACGCUUCCAAGGCGCCCCCGUGACCUGUUCCAACGACUACAAGUGUGCUGGCCUCGAUAAGUGUUGCUUCGACACGUGUUUGGGAGAACACGUGUGCAAGCCUCCUUCUUUCUACGGAAGAAAUGUUAAAGGAUGAAGGGAAUAGAUAAAAGGCCUACUGACAGACAACCGAUGUUUUGGGAUUUGGGACCACUGAUCUUUUGAGAGUACUAUUAUCUGUAAAAAAAAUAAAUGUAACAGGGAACUCCUCCUUUCUGUUGUAUUUACUUAGUUGAACCUUUGUUUAUAUCAAAAGAAACUUAGAAUGAA